CGGCAGAGAGGCGGCGGCAGGGGCGGGGGAUGAUAAGUGCGUCUGCUGCGAGCGAUACGGCGGCGAUGCUAGGCAGCGUUAUAGGCGUUUGACCGCAACCGACUACGGUCAACAUCGCCACACUCGCCACGCACUCACAACGCCAGCAUGUUGCGCACUCUCGUCACCGUAGCGGUGCUGGGUCGCGCUCCGUCUGGCAGUGCGUCGUGUCGCGACGUCGGGCGGUGGCCGUUGCUGGGGCGGUCGGUCGCCGGCUGCGGAGAUGGUUGGGAAGCAAAAUCGAAGUGGAGGAGGAGGUGCCGCGAGCUCAGGUUCAUCUACAACGGAGAGAAGGCGAACUCCAUGUUUUCCCAUGCGGAGAUGGAGCGACGUCUGUCGCUGCUGCGCGCGCACAUGGCCGACAACGACAUCUCCGCUACCGUCCUCACCUCCAUGCAAAACGUCUGCUACUUCACCGGCUUUCUCUACUGCUCGUUCGGUCGCCCUUACGGCACCGUCGUCACAGCCGACAAAUGCCUGACGAUCGCAGCAGGAAUCGACGGCGGCCAGCCGUGGCGACGUUCCCACGGCGACGUCGUCAUCGUCACCGACUGGCAGAAAGGGAAUUUCUUCCACAUCGUCGGCACGAUUCUAGCCGACGUCCGGGGAAGCGUCGGCUUCGAACACGACCACGUGACCGUCGACACUCUACGCGCUUUCGACGUCGCCUUGCCGACGCAUACGAAGGUGGACGUCGCCGACGCGACGAUGCGCAUGCGCACGAUAAAGUCCGCCGAAGAGUUUGACGUCAUUCGACACGGAGCGAGGGUGGCAGAUAUAGGGGGCGUUGCGGUUGUUAAUGCGAUGAUAGAGGGCGCGUCGGAAGUGGAGGUCGCCAUCGCUUCCACGGACACGAUGAUCAGAGAGAUUGCUACGACGUUCCCCGACAGCGAAAUACGCGACACAUGGACGUGGUUUCAGUCCGGAAUGAACACAGAUGGCGCUCACAACCCUGUCACUACCAGAAAGCUGCAAAAUGGCGACAACUGCUCUCUCAACUGUUUCCCGAUGAUACAGGGGUAGGUACCAACUCCG